AUGGGCCUGAUUGUGCCAGUUUUGUUUGCUCUGCUACUCUCUGUUCUAGGUGGAUUAUACCUCCUGGGAGCUUUCCGUCGACAUCGUCCCGGUGAGCCUCCCCUCGAUAAAGGCCCUCUGCCAUGGCUGGGACAUGUUCUUGAAUUCAGAAGAGAUACCGCAAAGUUUUUAGAGCGCAUGAAAGGAAAACAUGGAGAUAUCUUUACAGUGCUGCUCGGUGGUUUAUAUUUCACAUUCAUCAUGGACCCUUUGUCAUUUGGAUCAGUGGUGAAGGAGGCCAGAGCCAAACUGGAUUUCAAUGAGUUUGCCAAACAUCUUGUUCAAAGGGUUUUUGGAUAUUAUACCCCUGAAAGUGGGCACAAGGACUUCCAAAAGUACAACAACAAGCAUCUUAUGGGUGACGGGCUAGUUGUAAUGACUGAAGCCAUGAUGAGCAACCUUCAGAAUCUCAUGCUGCACAGUAUUGGUUCACGAGACCAUCAAAAUGGCUGGCAGGAAGAUGGGCUGUUCAAAUACAGCUACAACAUUGUUUUUCGAGCCGGAUAUCUGGCAUUGUUUGGUAAUAAGACACCCACACAGCCAGAGGGGCUGGAGAAAGCCAAGGAGGCAGAUCGUCUAGAGUCAGAUGAACUGUUUCAUGAGUUCCGUAAGUAUGACCAGCUGUUCCCUAAUCUGGCAUAUGGAGUCCUUGCCCCCAGUGAGAAGAUGGAGGCAGAGCGUCUGAAGAGACUAUUCUGGAAUAUGCUGUCAGUACAGAAAGUGAGUACCAGAGACAACAUCAGCAGUUGGAUCCUGGACCAACAGCGAGUAAAAGCUGAACGUGGAAUGGAAGAAAGCAUGCAAGACCGAUUUAUGUUCCUGCUCCUUUGGGCGUCACAGGGAAACACUGGCCCCUCUGCCUUCUGGCUGCUCCUCUUUCUCAUGAAGCAUCCUGAAGCCAUGAAGGCGGUGCGAGCUGAGUUGGAGCAGGUACUGCGGGAGACAGGACAGGAAGUGAAGCGUGGAGGACCCCUCAUUGACCUGACCAGGGACAUGCUCCUGAAGACGCCGGUCCUAGACAGCACUGUGGAGGAGACCUUGCGUUUAACAGCUGCACCUCUCCUCAACCGCGCUGUACUGCAAGAAAUAGCCUUGAAGAUGGCUGAUGGUCGUGAGUAUAGCAUCCGGAAGGGAGACAGAGUGGCUCUUUUCCCCUAUACAGCUGUGCAUAUGGAUCCAGAGGUUCACCCUGAUCCAGCUACUUUCAAAUAUGACCGUUUCCUGACUUCAGAUGGUGUGAGAAAGACCGAUUUCUACAAAAAUGGCAGAAAGGUGAAAUACUACACCAUGCCCUGGGGAACUGGUGUCAGCAUAUGUCCAGGGCGCUUUUUUGCCACCAAUGAGCUGAAGCAGUUUAUCUUCCUCAUGCUGUCAUAUUUUGACUUUGAGCUGAAAGACCCUGAUGAGAAGAUGCCUGAUAUUGAUGUAAGGCGUUUUGGCUUUGUGUCACUGCAUCCCACCCAAGACAUUACCUUCAGAUACAGGCUGAAAUUCUGACAUACAGAGUCAUAAGUUGCUUGACAACAAUGUAUAGAUCUUCAAGAAUUACAGCACAUUCAUACAAAACAUGCAUUCAUAUAAUGUAAUUGA